AUGUUACUUCGCUGGGCAAGCAAGGAUACUGACAUGCUGGGCGGGAGAGGCUAGCAGGCAUCACCUAAUGUAGCUAGAGAGAGAGAGAGAGAAAGAGAGAGACCACAGAGCCAUACAAUUUGUUUUCUAUCGACGAAAGUGCAGUCGAACGGUUGUUCGUGUGAGACGGGGAGCAAUCAAGAAUAUUGUCGAUUUUUAGAAACUUGACGAAAAUGUGGUAGUGUGACGGCACCUUGACAAACACUAAAAGAAUAUAAGCACUGGGACGCAAUGUCGGAGGAAGGGCAAAAUAAGCAGCCACCUGUUUCCCAGAAGUCUGAAGGAAUACCUGCGGGUUGUGUCCCCAGCCUAGCUGGAAAAGGAGUUUGCGUGGGGAAAGGCAGUGAUGGCGAUGACGGAGGCAAAGGACAGAAAACGCACCAAGAGCAGUGGAUGAAGAUCCUUAUGUGCUCCACUGGGACCUGGUCUUACGGCUUCAUGACGGCCUUCACCUCCGUGCUGGCGGCUGACCUCAGUAACAACACCACCACGCUCUUGGGCUCCGACCUCAUCCUCUCCGACAGGCAGCUGGAUAUUUUGAACAGCUUACUCAUCGUCGGCGCCUUCUUCGGCAACCUCGCUAUCUCUCCUAUAAUGAGUUUCGCCGGACGCCGCCCCAGUGUGAUCUUGGCUACCUUAUUUGUCUUGACUUCGUGGCUCGGAGUGGCACUUAUCCCCAGCUACUUUGGCAUCCUUGCUGCAAGAGUCAUCGGGGGCUUAGGUUGCGGCGCCCUGGACGUAGCAGUUGUGACUUUCUUGGCUGAGUUAUCUCCAACUAGGAAACGUGGAAUGGCCACCGGCAUGGCUGGUGCUGGCUCCAUGUGGGGGCAACUGGUGAUGUUCGGUAUGGGUUGCGGGAACCGCUACUUCACAGUUGCUGGUUUCGCUAUGCUGGUUACUGUCUUCGUCGUUCCCAUGAUGCUCUUGCUUCCUGAGAGUCCUGCUUUCCUUGCACUCAAAGGAAAAAAAGAGGAAGCCAGGAAAGUGCUGAAACUUUUUCGCGGGGCUUCGGUCGACGUAGAUGCAGAAAUCGCCAGAUACAUCACAUCUGAUGUCAAUGCUCCAGGCGUGGCAAGAUGGAGGAGACUGCUUGAGCCUGACGUCCUGGUUCCCAUGUUGAUCACUGUGACACUUUUCAUCCUCACGUUUUCCACUGGCGGUACAGUCUUAAUAACAAACUCAUCAAGGAUACUGAGAAUGACGCACUCGCCCUUGCCUAACAACCUCACCUCCGUCAUCACUAUGGCAGUCCAGAUGGGAGCAUGUGGAGUUUACCUUUGCCUUGUUGAUAGAAUUGGGCGCAAACCGACACUCCUCCUUAGUUAUCUGAUGAUGAGCACAGCCAUGGGUGGCUUCACUGCGUACGAGUAUGUCGCCAGCUUCGGCGUCUCGUCUUUCAUGAAUUCAUCCAGCCAAACCAAUUACUUUGAAGGCAACAUUACCAACUUGAUCCUGCAUGAUCCAUCCCUGACUGCUAAAGCCGCUGACCAAUAUCCUGGAGAGAUUGUCGCUUUGGUGAUGGAGCGUCAGUAUGUUCCCAGCAGCUGGAUCCCGCUGGUUUGCUUGGCGAUGGCUCAGGCUGCCUAUGCCAUGGGUCUCUUCUCCGUCCCCUACCUCUUGGCAAACGAGAAUUUUCCAUCGCUGAUCCGCCCACAGGCCUGCAGUAUAUGCGUCUGCGCCGGCACGCUGUCCUCCAUUGUAAAUCUGCAGAUCUUCACACCCAUGCUGGAGACCCUGACGCUGCUCGGUCUCUUUGGGAUUUACACCACUGCUUCCAUAUUUGGUUUUAUCUUUACUCUAGUUUUCCUGAAGGAAACAAAGAACAAAUUGUUAUCAUGAGAUUCUAUAAGUACCUACAAAAAAAAAAAAAAAAGAACAAGUCUGCAAGUCUCAAGAAAGUGACAAGAUUUUUCGUUUGUUUGUGAGACGUAGCACGUUAUAUAAAUGGUAUAAUCAAUCACAGGAUUUCAUGGAAAUCAAAUGAAUCCUGAUUACUCCAAAUAUCUACACAUUAUUUGUUUACUCUUAGAAAUAUGGCGGGAAAACUUCAGAAUAUUGUGAAAACAUUCUAAUUUGAUUGUACACAGCAAAAGAAAUGCGGACAGCAAGUACGUAGUUGUCACUACGUAGAAAUGAAACACCGCAGAAUCUUGAAACUUAAUUGUCACUUUUGAUAUCUUAAGAAACCUCCACUUAGAUGCAGAAACAGCAACACAAAAUGCAGCCCCCUCUACUCAACCACGCACCUGACCGAACUUUUCAGCAAAGCAUUCACACUGACUCUGUAACUGUGACAUAUCCUGACGUGAUUAUCAGUGACUGAUAGGAAAUAUCAAACGAUGGGCCGUAAAUGAGAAUUUUUAUUAAGUGAACCUUUUGUCUAUUUCUCUAUUAUCACCUUCUUAGUGAUUUUAGAUCAAGUCACCUCUUGAGGACCUGCAAGCGCUGUUGUGGCAUGUAUAUCACUGUAACUUUAUUAGAAAUGUCAAUGUAAGUGUAAAAUUUUAAUAUAAACCACGGGUUGAACUUUUCCCGCCAAGUGACCAUACGUCCUUACAUCUUUGCAUACACGGGCACGUUAAUCAAUUUGUCAUACAUCAUUGAUACACACGUCUCUGUGACUGUAUGUCCAUAAGUAGUAUAUGUGUAUGUAUCUAUCUAUCUAUCUAUCUAUCUAUCUAUCUAUCUAUCUAUCUAUCUAUCUAUCUAUAUAUCUAUAU